AUGCGCUUUUUAGCAAGCAGAGGCGCCAUUGUGAAUGGAGUAGUUACCCAACCCACCUUCGUGGUUCUUUUCUAUGUUGGGCAAAAUUCUACUCCUCAAGCCCUCGUUAUUAACAGGAAAUACGCGCCGAAACAAAGUGAGCCUCGCCAUAUUUAGCUUACUAAAGGAUUGAUGGCACCUUGGUUUCUUGGCUAAUUUUAAUAUUCAUCACCAACUUACGCCCUAGAGUAUACUGAUAUGAUGGUAAGAAACUAAUAUGCAAGUUCCAAACUGAACAAUAAACAUGUGCUUGACCCAAUUACUGAGUCCCUUUCUCAGGGAUCUCACCAAAAAUAUGCCUCUGCCUUCAGGGACAUAAAAACAUCAUAUUAUUCACUAUUGUCUACUGUUGCAUGUCUGAAAUAGUAGUGUGUCUCGUCAAAAAUGACGCAGAGUUGGUUGUUCUAUAGAACUCACUAUUUCGAGGCAUUAAACGGCAUUUAUAACAUCGUAAUUUACCGCGUGCUUUGAUGUAUUUGUUCACAAGUUAACAUUAUCUGAAACAUUUUUAACGCCAGAUCACAGCCUUCCCAACGGGACGAUCAUUCGUGAAAACCUGGAAGUUGAAUAUGGAACUAUCUUGGAGUACCUCGUGGUAUUUGAAAGUGACAUCGAUGUACGCGGUUAGCCUCUUUGCAUUUUUACCAGUUUCAUCCAAUCUAACUGCUAAUUUUGCAUUUCCUUUUACUCUAAUUUCUACAAAAGAUCGAAUUUCCAUUAGAAAAUAACGUGUCAACGAUUCUUCCUUCGACAUCGUCUCUAUAUGUCUAUUUCUAUCAACAAAGUAAGUUUUCGCUCGGAUUUUAGGUGACCACUGGUAUAAUCGCUUUUUUCCUCAACUGUUGCUUUAAAUUUGUGCCUCGUUCACAUUAGGUUAGAUACCAGUUAGUUGGCUCACGACCCAGUGCUGAUCAAAUUUUUAAUAGUUCGUGAAAUUUUUGAGAGCAUGGACGGCUUCAGCCUCUUCGCAUGUCAUACAGAUUACGGAAACUUGCAUUCAUCCGUUUUUGCAGACUCAUCCAAACUCGAACGUAGCAACAUCGUCCUAAUUUCCGGUUACAUGGAAACAACGCCAAUGUCAGUCCAGUUGCAGUACGUAGAUAAUAGAAACGAAACAUUCUACUUUUCUUCGGAAGAGAAUGAUCUGAAUCCAUUCAGCGGUGUUUCUAUUUCCGGAGUGACCCCAUUGAGGCCCCUGUGGUGGGCUAUUCUUGCUGAAUUGGUGUAUGCCCUGUUUGCAUGUAAGCCAGGGAAAAUCGUGUAAAUUCAAAACGUCGUUUUAGUUUUGGUUUCACCAGAAAAACAAUGUGUACCCAACUGUCAUUUAUCCUCUGUCGAUUUACAAUGGUAACAAUAGACUCACCCAACCUCACGCACUGCCUUCAUGGACAAAAGUAAAUUUAUAAAUCAAGUGUGAAGUCUGUUUUAAAGCAUUUUGCCGAGAAGAAAAUCCAACUGUAACAUUCUGCCUUUUCUAAGUGAUUACGUAAAAGAACCGAUUUUACAGACUGUUAUUUGGGGACUUGGCUCUGCCUAGACUUGUUUUUAGGUCGACAAUAGUGCGAUAGAUGGCAAUUCAGUCAAUGGAUUCGUGAUCGACCAUAGGCGCCAGAAUAGAAGUAGCAAAUUACUUCAGUUUGUAAAAGCAUUGACUAUGUUGAACAAGGAAGACUUCAGAGAACACUUUCAGCACGGUGGCAGUCGUCAGCCAGCCAUAUCCCUUCCUGAUCUGGAAAAACCAACUAACUCAGGCGGCUAUGGCAUAGAAACUAAUGAAACCGUACAAUGUUCGUACCAAGGUUUGACCGGUUGAUGAGGGGUGUUCACAAGAAAAUCCUCUUAGUUGUUUGGGACGUUGAGUGAAUCCUUAAUGUACAAAUGAUCUCACGCGCUCGUAUUGUAAACUGGAUGCAUUAACUGAUAUGACUGCGAACAAGAGGACACCGCCCAUGCCAUAACAUUUAAAUGUCAGUCUAGCAUCGCAAUUUGUCCAAAGUGCCGACAUUGAGACUCGAAGUUUCCCAGAGGUUGUUGUGUCUGGCUAACGAUGGCAAUAUAACUAUGACUAAACAUUUAAUACCUUUUGUACGUGUUGAUAAAAUUGAUCGCUUAUUGUUUGUCGCAGUGCAGUGGCUCUAUUUGGAAAUGGAAACCCAUAUGUUCCUACACGGAAUAAGGCGAGACUGAGGCAUGCCCAUUUAGUUAGAAUCCCUCUGUACAACAGUUCAACCUGUGUUUGGCGACGGCAUAUACCCCGCAAGUUCUACAAUGUUCGUCCUACCAGCACGCGAUCUUGCUAGCUAGUUUUCACUUAUUUUGCGACGGGGGGAUAAUUCUUCCCUCAAUCAGACUGUUAUGUGUUCGUAGUAAGGCAGGCAUAUCGUUUCAUAAGAUCAUAUAAUUAGUUCCAAAUCUGAACUUGACAAGUGUAACAUCUGCAGGGCAUCAUACGUGUGUAUGUGACAGAAAGUCUGCCCACGUCAUUUGA